AAUCCCCGAGUACUUGGAAAUCCCCACGCAAUGCAAAAAAAAAAGCAAAACAGAAACAUGCUCGGCAGACAGUGGUGUGAAUUAGCAGCAAUAAGGCAAGGUUUAGCGUUUGAAUACAUUUUAUUUUUAACCCUCUGCUGCUGCUGUAGUUCCAUGGAGCCCGGUGUCGUGGCACAACAAGGACAUCCCAUUGCACUUCAGUAAAGAAAGUCAAGAACUACCCAGGAAUCAACAAGAAUAUUCUUAUUUAAAGUAAGAUGGCAAGUCCACAAGUAAUACCGAAAUCUCUCUACAUGAGCAACAUGCUGAAGGCUGUGAAAAUCAGAGAAAGGACACCAGGAGAUAUUGAAAGACCCUCAAAUGGAAUCAUUUAUCAUUUUAAAACAAUGCACCGGUACACUCUUGAGAUGUUCAGGAUUUGUCAGUUUUGCUCCUUGUUUCGGGAGAUUCUUCAGAAGUCGCUUAUUGACAGAGCCAUGCAGGUUGCUUUGGAAUGCCCAAAGAAACUGAAUGCUUGUAGAGAAGUUAAAAAACUAGUUCCCCUGAAGACUAAUGGUGAUGGAAACUGUUUGAUGCAUGCUGUGUCCAUGUAUAUGUGGGGAGUUCAAGACACUGACCUAGUAUUAAGAAAAACUUUGUACAAUGCACUGAGAGAAACGGAUACACGGAAUUUCCAGUUCCGAUGGCAGCUGGCAUUUGUAAAGUCUAUGGAGUUUACAGAGUUAGGACUACGCUAUAAUACCAAGAACUGGAAUGAAGAAUGGGAACAUCUUGUCAAAAUGGCUUCCACAGAGACAUCAGUAGGCCGCAGUGGGUUACAAUAUAAUAGCCUGGAGGAAAUACACAUAUUUGUCCUAGCUAACAUCCUUCGGAGGCCAAUUAUCAUUCUUGCAGAUAAAGUUGUGAGGAGCUUAGAAUCUGGAUCAAGUUUUGCACCUCUCACAGUGGGCGGAAUUUAUCUACCUCUUCACUGGCCUGCACAAGAAUGUUACAAAUAUCCCAUAGUUCUUGGCUAUGACUGUCAGCACUUUGCUCCUCUUGUCACUAUAAAAGACAGUGGUCCAGAAUUAAGGGCAAUUCCCCUGGCCGUUUCCGAAAAGGGAAAGUUUGAAGAUAUGAAAGUACAUUUUUUAACUGAACAUGAAGAAAAAAUGAAAGUCAAGCUGCUAAAAGAAUAUUUAUUAGUGAUGGAAAUUCCUGUGCAAUGUUGGGAUCGUGGGACAACACAGAUUAUUAAUGCUGCCAAGUUAGAUGAAGGCAAUUUGCCUAAAGAAAUAAAUUUAGUGGAAGAUUACCUUCAGCUAGUAGAACAUGAAUACAAGAAAUGGCAAGAAAGCUCAGAACAAAGCACCAGAGGAACUGGAAAUAAAAUCCGUCUUGAGAUGUCUCUGUCUCAGCUUUCUCUGGUCGAGGUAAAGUGUGAAACUCCGAAUUGUCCUUUCUACAUGUCCGUCAGCACCAAGCCUUACUGCCAUGAGUGUUUCGAAAAGAAACAAAGGGAGAAUAGACCUAAGAGGCAAACGCGUAAGACUGAAAUGGUUGUGCGCACAGCAGAGUCUAUUGUUCCUUCAAUACAAACGUCUGGGGAGUCAGGUGGUAUCUCUCCGCUUCCCACUGCACCCAGCCUUUUUCUUUACAGUGAAACCACUGCAAUGAAAUGUAAAACACCUGACUGUCCGUUUACAUUAAAUGUAGAACUCCAUGGGUUGUGUGAGCGUUGCCACAAUGCCAAACAACUUUCACCAUACAAUACUGGGGAAAGGAAAAGAAAUGUAGACAUUAUGAGGUGUAAUGUUUGUUUACAGGACACCACAAGGACUUUUAAUGGCAUUUGCAGUUCAUGUUUCAAAAGGACUACAGAACGGACCACCAGCUCAAGUUUCCCACCAGUGGUCUAUCAGAGGUCUAUUUCUGAUCCCGCUAACUUAUCAAGGAGUUUAGUUAAUCUGUCAGGCCACGAGGCAGCCAAUAGUGUGUACUGGGAGUCAACUAAUGUCUCACAAUCCUUGGCUGCUAGCAAUGCGGAGCAGAGGACUGUUAACCAAAAGUGUCGAAAAUCUGGUUGUCCUUUUUUUGGGACACUAAAAAACGAAGGAUUUUGCACUUUAUGUUAUUUUGAGUUUCGAGAAAACAGUGAAAUGAAUUCCAGGAGAUGCCAGAAUGCCUUGCCUGUCCAUGGACAAAGCAACUCCAGUGCUGCAGCUUUUAAGAACAUGUCACGUUGUUUAGGGCGAGAGUGCAGCACUCUCGGGAGUACGCUCCUGGAAGGAUAUUGCCAAAAAUGCUUUAUUGCAGCACAAAACCAAAGAUAUGAAGAAGCAAGACAGCCAGAAGCACAAAUGCUCAGACAAACAGAGAGAUCAGAACAUAGGACGGCAAAACACAGUAACUCUGGAUCUCAAAUAAGGAAAUGUGCCAGGACUCUAUGCAACAACACAGUUGUAUCACGUAAUGAUGAUCUGUGUGAACUGCACAAACAGAGAGCUGUGCAUCAGAGAGCAACAGGAGACGAGCUUCCCAAGCAGCGUUGCCUGGCACCAGGCUGUGAUCACUACGGCAACAACCGCUGCAAAGGCUUCUGCAACGAAUGCUACAAGUUCAAACAAAUGUAUGGCUAGAGGGAAAAAAAGAGAGCUUAAAAGGACAGAGUUCCACAAAAAUGGUGCUAUCCUCAAAAACACUUUAUUUUUUUAAUAUUAAAUAUUAGUAUGUAAAUAAAUUUUAAAUAUAUUCAACUAAUAUGUAAUGUAUAUUUAUACGGUUUCUGUUUAUGCAAUACAUAAUUGUAUAAAAUAUAUAUAAUAUGAAGACAUUGACAGUCUUUUGAAAUAUCUUUCUAGACUAAGAAUAAACUUAAAUACAUUCUAAUAUUAGAUCCAUAGCGAAAGACGAAGGCCUAGAUGCAAUAAAGCUUUGUAAAUGUGUGCUGCUACUGUGUCAGAUUCAUCAGAUUUGUGAAUCUUAACGGGAUACAAGAAAAAGAAAAUUUACUAGUUCUAAAUAGCUAAAAGGGAUGAAAAGGUCAAAAUUGAAAUGAGCAUGAAUUCAUUUCCGUUUUUAAAUACUUUCAUUAGCAGAAAUGUUUCUAGUAAAAGAUAUUAGUGUUUUGUAGAUAUGCUAUGUGUGAAUAAAGCAACAGACGAACAAACGCCACGUGUGUUGUAUCAAUGAAGAUUUUGUGUCAAGCAAGCCAUUGACUCUGAGGAGGUUUGCGGUUUGAAUGCUUGUGUAAUAAUUUUUAUAAGAAGCAUUUUUGCUAAUGGAAUUAUAUUGCAAAAAUGCUUUUUUAAAAUAUAAAAUGCAUCCACGUGCAUUUCAAUUUUGACCUUUCUAUCCCUUUAAUUAGGGGAAUUUGCUACAUUUAUCAUUAAUGGGACAGUCAAGUCAAAAUUAAACUUUGAUUCAGAUAGAGCAUGCAAUUUUAAACAAAUUUUCAAUGUAUUUCUAUUGUUAAAUGUGCUUUGUUGAACACUAAAUCUACGCAGGCUGAUAGAAGCUCAGGCGUGUGCACGUGUCUAUAGCAGUCUAUGGCAGCAGUGUUUGCAAAUAUGGACAACAUUGCUAUAAACAAUGCUGCAAACACUGUCAGAUGGCUAAAAACAUGUGCACACUCCUGAGCUCAUCCAGGAUUACUAUUUAACAAAGGAUAGCAAGAGAACUAAGCAACAUUUGUAAUAGAUGUCAUGCUCUAUCCAAUACAUUUAAGUUUAAUUUUGACUUUACUGUCCCUUUAAGAGAAAUGAGUACAUUAUGCAGCUCCAUUUCAUUGUUGAUUUUUUUGCACUUACAAUUUUUUUUUAAUGGUAAAAAAGGUCUUCCUUUGUUAGCAAGUAGUCGGAUAUUAGAUGCCACUUUGUGCAUCUUCUAUUUUUUCACAGCAUUGAGCGUAUGGGAAAAGCCCAUUGCUUCUGUAGAGCAUACUAAUAUUCAACUUGCUUUAACAGUUUGCAUAUGAGCUUGAAUUUAAAUAUAAGCCAAAUUAUCUUUUAUUGUUAGAUGAAACUAAGUAACUGAAUGCUGCCACUGAAAAGCUAGCGGUCCCUUGUGAGACGCUGUUUACAAUAAAGCUUGCUUACAUUGUAUGGGAAGCAGCUUUUUGGAAUAAUAUAGGUUCAGCCCUGUUUUUUUUUGUUUGUUUUUUUAACAAAUUGGAAAUUAAUGAAUCAAUUUGAGGGUUACACUAUGUAUCCCAUUUUAAAUACCCGCAGUAGAAACAGGAAAACCAUAGAGGCCGGGAAGGAAUAGUUAAACACUACUGCUCUGGGAAAGUCUCUUGCACUCACUCUGUUCGUCACUUCAGUAAAUAUAGAGCUAUUUAACCCCUUAACGACCACAACGUACCCUGUACCUCACUGGUCAUUAAGGGUUUUCUUGGUUCUAAUAGCGUGGGUCCUGCCGCGAGAGGAGGGACUGCACUAUUAUACCCUCCCUCCUUUCUGCUGGCCCCCCCGGAAAUAGCGCAGUCUCAUCACUGGCGGCAACUCCGCUAUUGAAAAUGCAAUCCCCAUAGAAAGACCAGCGACUUACAUGGUACGUCGCUGGUCCGUAAGGGGUUAAUAAACAACUGGAAAUCAUAUGCUUGGUAUACCGUUUUCUUUUGUUUACAUCCCUGGUGAUUAUUUGUUAUUGCUGUUGUCUCUUGUAAUCGCCUGGUAUAUUGUGUUUUAUUCUUGUUUAGUAAAUGUCUUUUUUUUUAUAUUGCAUCGCAAAUUUUAUUACAUCUAGGCCAGAAUCACUCAAUUGAUAAUCAUGCUUAUUUCUUUAUAUCUAUUGCUAGGAAUGGGCAAAUGUUUUGGCACAUUUAUUAAAAUAACAAACACUGGCCACAUUUGUGUUGAAUGUUUGCUGAACAUUUUGUCAAUGUAUUUGCAAACAACUGCUAAUUUUAACAAAUGUAACAUUUUUUUUAUUUCAAAUUUGAUUUCGAAUAGCAAUAAUAUCCUAAUAUAUAGAAAUUCAACACUGAAUCUGAAGUCUAUGGGAAUAAUUUGAAAAUUAAGAUUCUUUCUAUAGAAAGGGAAUAUUGUUCUAGCGUUUAAAUAUAAAAAUAUAGAUAUCCGCCAAUCUCUAUGAAUUACUGAGAAAUGUAAACUGUAAACCUGAAUAUUUUGAUUUCUGAAAGAACUCCUUAUUGGCCAGAAACUAAUCUGUGUGCAUUUGUAGCCUAUAUGAUUGUUCUACAAUAAUUUUGUUCUAAUCCACAUAAUUGUGAAGAUUUUACUGACAAAUCCGCCUUUAUGGUGGUCUAGUAUAUAGUAAACAGAUGUGUAUCACCUGUAUGAUGAAAACAGAUAUUUUUGUUUUUCCUCUUGUGUAUGUAAUUUUGUUAAUUUUCUGUAAAAGUUUUUUUUUUUUGUCAGAUUCAAAAAUGUGAAAACAAAUAUUACUUUAAACGUAUUUAAUUUACCAAAACAUAAACUUUAUAUUUGCACCUUUAUUUCACUUUUAAUAAAUUAUUUAUUAAGUA